CAGCUUUUGGCAAUGCGUGAAUGAGGUGAUGGGGAUCAUUUUGGCCAGAUUUUUACGAGGCUACCGGUCUUAACAAGGUUCUCUCUGAAAUUGCCAUAUUUACGGAGAAUUCAUGAUCAAUGAUUACCCUUAGCAAUGGAUGAUGAUGAGGUCUCCGGCAGGGACAAGUGCCCUGUGUGUGGCAGUGACCCUCGAACACAUCCUGGGCUUCGAUUUAAGAUAAACACCAAGUGCUAUCACCGGAUAUGUGAAGGCUGUGUUGAUCGCAACUUCUCCAGUGGCAAAGCAGAAUGUCCUGUCGGAGGUUGCCACGUGCAUCUAUGGAAGCGCGACUGGCGAACGCAGACGUUUGAGGAUCUCAAGAUCGAACGCGAAGUGGAGAUCCGGAAGCGUGUGCACAAAAUUCUCGAACGCAACGAAGAGGAAUUUGAGACCAAAAGAGAUUUCGACGACUACCUCGAACUGAAAGAGGAGCUGAUAAUGAACCUUGUCUUCAAGACUGACGUAGCAGCAACAAACCGAAAGUUGAAAGAGUACGCGCUGGCAAAUGGCAUCAAAACCGACGCCACUGAAGCUUCCCACGAUCUCCCAACUCGACAACUUAAACGCAAAGAUGACGGCGCAGCCGAUCCCAGUGGACUUAUCCAUGGCCUCAAAAAGAUUGUCAAACCCAAAGCACGGGCUGCUUAUGAUCCGUUCAUGGGUAUGCCUCGCACAGAGGACUAUUACUCGGUCAAAGAUGGUUAUCUGGCACGGGUGAAACAGGGCAAGGCCAACGACGCCAAGGACUCAGCAGGCUACAGCGACUGGGACUAUGUCAAUGAGUGUCUCAACAGAAGUUUUGCAGGGCUCGGUGUUUUUGUCGAAGAUGAGAUGGCAGCCAAGGACAAUUCCGCCAUCCCAUUGCCAAGCAUUACUGCCUCUGAUCCUACCAGUGUCUUUUGAUGCUUGGCAGAGGAGGUCCAUACGAUAUGAACAACAUGAAAAUAUAUCUCUAUCGAC